UUGAAACGGAGUGGGAAAGAACUUCGAGAAGUGAAGAGCAUAAGAUUGUAAUAGCUUAUGCGUCAAGGACGAGAGUAUUUUGCAUCAUAUACACAGUAAUGUUGUCUAACGUAGUUUUAUGCGUUGUCUUAUCGCCGACGAUCUCGCCACUGUUGGACAUUAUUUUACCCAAAAACGAAACGCGCGUAAGAUAUUUAGCCUUCGAAUUGAAUUACGGAAUUGACUUACAGACUUAUUGGUUCUGGCUGUGGUUGCACGUUUGUUUAACUGCAGUGUUUGUUAUGUUAAAUUACACUGCCGCAGAUAUAAUGUAUGUUACGUUGAUGUUGCAUGGUUGCUACAUGUUUGCCAUUGUAAGAUAUAGAUUGGAACAGUUGACCCAUUCAAUAAAAAAAAAUACAAUACAACCUUUCGAGAAUCGUGAUUAUAACACGAUGCGCACCUGGCAAUGCAAAGAGCGGCAAGUGGAAUUACAAAAGCAAGUUGCUGCCAUGAAACAAUGCGUUCUUAGACAUGAGAAAGCAAUAAAAUGCGCACAGGUAUUAUACCACAUUUUCGCGUGGAGUCUCUUCGCUGGUGCAUCAAUAAACGUAAUCAUGAUAAGUAUUUCGGCAGUUCAGUUAGUGAGCAAAUUGUCUCAAUGGGGUCAGAUGGCGAUAGCUUGCGUAUUCGUAGCUGGCGAAUUGGUGCACAUAUUCUUUCUCAGUUUAAUGGCGCAAUAUAUAUUGGACCACAGUGUGGACGUUCACGAAUCGGCGUUUUCAUGCUCUUGGUACAAUAUGUCUGUCAAGGUACAAAAGGAUAUUAUAUUGAUCUUAAUGAGGAGCCGUUUACCAUGCAAAAUGAUGGCUGGAAAAUAUUUCGUAAUGUCAUUGGAAAGCUUUUGCGCGAUAGUACAAACAUCGAUGUCGUAUUUUACAAUGUUGGCCUCUUUUCGAUAAAUGUCCG